GCUACGGCUCCAUCUUCUUCCCCGGAGAGGUGAACGCUUCGGGGCUGAACCUGGACGACAUCGUGCACUUCAGACGCAAAGAGGUCAUCGUUUACCCUGACGACAAGAACAAGCCCGCGGAGGGGGAGGGGCUUAACAGGAAGGCGGAGGUGACUCUGGACGGCGUCUGGCCCAACGAUAAGACGUCGUGCGCUCAGAUCCGCAGCCCGGAGCGUCUGGCGGAGAUGAACUACGAGGGCCGGCUGGAGAAGGCCUCGCGCAGACAGGGGGCCCGCUUCCUGGAGUACAGGACGGAGACCGGCUCCUGGGUGUUCGAGGUCGCCCACUUCUCAAAGUACGGCCUGCAGGACUCUGACGAAGAGGAGGAAGUGCCGCUCAAAUCUGACCCCAAGAAGCUGAAGACGAUGAUGUCACUUCCUGCCUCGCGUCUGCAGAAGCUGCUCCCCCCCGCCCAGCCGCAGGUAGAGCAGCCUGCCUUCAUCACUCACCACCACCAUCAUCAUCCUCACCACCACCACUGACCCACCAAGCUUUAAAGGAGCAUUUCUUAUUUAUUUUUUUGCAUUUUAAGAAAAUAUUCAUCAAGUAUAACAAAAUAAUCACAUCUACGUAUAUAGAUAGAUUA